UUUGAUUACGACGAAUAACUGACGUUAGCUGCUGUAGCUCACUUCGUUCACUUUCCUGGUUGUGGAAGGAGCUCUGUACCUGAACCCAGAUGUCUGCCCCCAUUGGUCGGAUAAAGUGAAUCAAGCUGGCGUAAUUUUCUCUUAUGUACCCGAGGUUAAUUUAUGAGAAAGUUUCACUGGUCAAAUUACAUUAAGACAGACAGAGGAGGAAAGUCCUUGAAAUAGGACGAUGGCGGACCGUUCCUCAACCGGAACUGUACCCAUUUAGGCGUCGUACCGCCUCUCGCCAUUUUCAAAACGGCUAAGCUUUAUUGCGCACACAAGAUUUGUUCAGCAAAGAAGUUUAAAUAAAGAGACGGAGCGUUUGAAUUACUCAAGGAAAGAGCAGAACACUCAGUCAAAAUGAUGGAGCUACCCAACUACAGCAGCCAGCUGAUGCAGCAACUGUGGGCCCUAAGGAAGGAAGGCAGCUUCUGUGACUGUACUAUCCUGGUGGGAGAUAGCCCUCACCGUGCACAUAAACUGGUGCUGGCUGCCUCCAGCAUGCUCUUCAGGUCUCUCCUGGACGGUUCUGACACCAUCUCCAUCGACACGGCCGUGGUUUCCUCUCAGGAGUUUGGCUGUCUGCUGGACAUGGUGUACACUGGGAAGCUGCCCCUGGGCAAACACAACGUCAGUCGCAUCGUCGCUGCUGCAGACAAUCUGCAGAUGUUCGACGUGGCUGUUGGCUUUAAAAACGUCCUCACCAGCCUUGUGAACCAGCAGCCCCAGGCCCCAGUACCUUCUACACAGACGUCAAACCUCAGCGAGAUCCACAAAGCCCAGAGCUUGAAUCCUGAAGGUUCAGCCUCAUCCAACAGGGACCACUCUACUUUAGACAAGACAGAGAUAAAAGCCGAGCUAAAGAAGGAAGACCAUCAGGGUGACAAUAACGACACAGGGGAACCGCCAUGUAAAAGAGCCUGUGUGGAGCUCUCAGAGCCCCCAGGGCCUGAAGAAGCCAAAUCCUCAGGGGGUGUAGAGGAAGAAAACAACACCACGGCAGUCAAGUUAUCCAGUGAAAGUGCCACUGAUAUUCUGGAACAUUCCUUUCAGCUCGUGGAGCUCCUCACCAACAUAUCCUCUGUCCUGGAGCUGCUGAGCCAGGCAGCACAGAGCAGCCUGGAUGAACAGGAGAGACAGGUUGUGUGUCAGUGCUGUGAGGAAGCAGAUCCCAGCUCAGCGUUAGAGAAAUUGAUGGGCAGAGUGAGGGAAGGGCAGCUCAGUAAGAGAGUGCUCUUCAAGCUGCUCAGGACUGUCCAGCAGGAGGCUUCUUCCUCCUUCCCUCCGUCACUGGUCUCUCUGCUAGAAGAGGAGGAGGGAAACACAGAGGAACCAAAGGGAGGCCAAACUAGAGUUGACUCAGAGCUGCAGAAUGGAACCAGAAGUGAAGAGAAGGAGGGAGAGGAAGAGGGAGAGGAAGAAAACAGUAAGGAGGAGAGUGAAGAUGAUGACAAAGAUAUAAAAGCUACAACAGACUCCUCCUCCCCUCUCCCUUAUUCCUCCUCCUCCCCCUCCAAGCCCUACUCCUGUCGCUGGUGUAAGAAAGGUUUUGCCUACAAGUGUCGAAUGCUGGCCCACGUGAAGCGCUGCCCCAUGUCCCAGGAGUGUGAGCAGCAGUGCCCGCAGUGCCCCAAGAAGCUGGCCAACCAGCGAGCUCUGCAGCGCCAUCGGGCUGAAGCUCACCGCAACACCGCGCGUGUCAAAAAGAAGGUGGCCUGUGACCUCUGUGGUCGGACUUUUGCUCACCCGUCAGGUAUGAUUUACCACAAACGAACAGAGCACUUUGAAGAAAAGCCGUUUGCUUGUGAGGAGUGUGGCGCCAAGUUUGGCGCCAACUCAUCUCUGAAGAAUCACAUGCGGCUGCACACAGGAGAGAAACCCUACCACUGCAAACACUGUGACAUGAGCUUCAGCGUUGCUGCUGCGCUCGCAUAUCACACCAAGAAGAAACACUCUGAGGGCAAGAUGUAUGUGUGUCAGUACUGCAAGGCCGUCUUUGCUCAGUCCAUUGAACUGACACGUCACGUGCGAACACACACUGGCGAUCGUCCGUAUGUGUGUCGGGAGUGUGGCAAAGGCUACAGCCAGGCUAGCGGACUCACCGUCCACCUGCACACCUUCCACAACUUGUCAGAGCCUCAUGACUGUCAGAAGUGCUGUCUCAGCUUCUCCUCGCUGGAGGAGCAUCGGCAGCAUAUACAGGAGUUCCACCCAAAGGAGUUCCACAAGUGUCCCACCUGCAACAAAGUGUUCACCAGCGCCGCCCUCCUGGACAAACACAAAGGAACACACAGUGGAGCCAAGCCCUUCAGCUGUGACCUCUGCAACAAGUCGUACCAGCAACUGUCAGGCCUGUGGUACCAUAACAGGACCAACCAUCCCGAUGUGUUUGCUAACCACACCCGGCAGCUCAAGACCCUGGUCCAGUGCGAUGUUUGUUUCAAGUUCUUUCCCAGCACUGCCAGUGUGGCCAAACAUCAGGCUGCUGAGCACCAAGGUGAGGACAACACAGGCCUGAACAGAGAGUUUAACACAGGCUCAGCAGCGUCGACGGUGCAAUGCCCGUGCUGCCCGGCUGUGCUGGGCGGAGAGGAGGAGUUGCAGGAGCACAUCGGCAGCCAGCACGUCAGCCAGAGCAGUGAGGCGUUCAGCUGCCCCCUCUGCUCCCUGAUCUGCACCUCCCAGAUGGAGCUGCAGGAACACCUGCUCUCUUGCCACGUGGAGGCGCAGGAGGCUGGGGAGGAGCAGGCCUCCACCUCCCACACAGUGAUUUCUGCAGAUCCAGCAGGGGAUGAAGGGGCGGAGUCAGCCAUCUCCGAGGAGCAGGCACAGCUGGCAGCUGCCCAGCAGGUUCUCGUGGCUCUGGCAGGUGGAAGAGAGGGUGCGUCAUCAGCAGAGGUGGUGGAGGUCAACAUGUAUGACCUGCUCAACAGCUCAGUCACUUUCAUCUGCGAGGACAAACCAUCAGGUUCUCACUCAUAACCAUGAACUUUGACCCCUGGAGGUUCACUUUGGACACUGCGCAGAUUUAUGGUUUUAUUGUCUUCUCUGAUCAUUACCACAACUACAACUCUAGGACAACACAGGCUAAACUGACAAAAUUCACAAGCCUCGGAGUUUGCGUGUUUUACGUUCAGAUUUAGUUCUUUAGUCUUUACGCUGGUAGAGCUGUUUUGCUGUUUUAAAUAAAUGUGAUCAAAUACUGAACGGGGUUCAUUUUUAUUUAAAUAAAGAAAGGUUGGCAUAUGAGAGUCCUCCAUAAGGAGCAUGGAAAGUCAAAAAUAAAUAUGAGCUUCCUGAGGCUGCCUCUUCUGUCUCUACUGCGGUCUCUAUACACAGCAUGCCCCCACCCCCAAGACAUAGAGGGUCUGUCCAUGAGGAGAGUGUGACUGUGGAAAAACCUUAUCGUCUUUUAGUUGAGCUUUCAGUCAUAACUGAGAAAACUCCAUUCACUGUCAAAGACCAUAGAGAUGUGGCUGUCCAGUUUGUUUGUUUGUUUUUUGUCAAACCAGUUGUAUGGUUUGCAUUGUUUUAUAUUUUUCUUAUUGUCAUUUGAAGGCUCAGUGACUUCCUAAAAUUGCUGGUCUCUUUUCCUUUUAUCAAAUGUUACUCAGGACUAUUUUCAGCAGCAGAUUAAUCCACAUUUGGUGAUGUAGCGAAGUGAUUGUGGCAACGGUACAGUGUGUGUAGGACUGAGUCAAAAUAAACCACAGUGUGUGUGUUGGUGGUAAUAAAGGGACAUGUCACCACA